UCUUGCCUUUGCAAGACCAGUUGGCUCAGCAAUGGCUCGAACCACGCUCUUCCUCUUGGUCUUCUCUGCGAUUCUUGUGGUCUCCGUUGACGGCGCAACCGUGGAUGUUGGGAUGAACUGGGGCAACAUCGCCUCUCACCCGUUGCCGCCGCCCAUUGUGGUGCAAAUGUUAAAGGAUAACGGUCUUAAAAGGGUGAAGAUCUUCGAUGCCGAUGGCUACACCGUCAAAGCCCUGGCCAAUACUGGGAUCGAAGUCAUGCUUGCCAUUCCUAAUGGAGAGCUUUUAAAUAUGGCUGAGGAUUAUGAACUUGCAAAGGAUUGGGUCGAAGACAAUGUCACUCAAUAUAUAGACACCGUCAAAAUCAAAUAUGUAGCAGUUGGAAAUGAGCCCUUCUUGAAAUCAUACAACAAUACCUUCGUGAAACCCACUUUGCCUGCACUGAAAAAUGUUCAGAGAGCUUUGAACGAGGCUGGCUAUGGCAAGACAAUCAAAGCAUCUGUGCCUCUAAACGGUGACGUUUAUGAAUCGAAAUCAAACUUGCCAUCCGAUGGCGUUUUUCGCAAGGAUGUAAGGGACAUCAUGCAGCAACUGGUGAAGUUUCUGCGUGACAACGAUGCGCCUUUCAUCGUCAACAUCUACCCUUUCCUCAGUCUCUACGAAAACCCCGAUUUCCCCACCGAGUUCGCCUUCUUCGGCAACGGCAAAACCGUCAGAGACAAAGACCAUAGCUAUAAUAACGUCCUCGAUGCAAACUACGACACCUUGCUUUGGGCUUUGAAGAAAGCCGGAGUGCCGGAUUUGAAAAUCAUCAUUGGCGAAAUCGGCUGGCCGACGGACGGAAAUUCGUUUGCCACCAGCAAGAACGCGGAGAGAUUUUACGACGGUUUGUUUAAGAAGCUGGGGACGGGCAAAGGCAGCCCGAUGCGGCCGAAUACAAAAUUCGACAUUUAUCUUUUCGGUCUGCUUGAUGAGGACGCGAAGAGCAUUGCGCCGGGGGAUUUCGAACGACACUGGGGGAUUUUCCGAUUCGACGGGCAGCCGAAGUUUCCGAUAGAUUUCACUGGACAGGGGCAAAACAAGAUGCCAGUGGGGGCAAAGAAUGUCAAGUAUUUGGAAAAAAAGUGGUGCGUUUUUGACAAGGGCGUUAAAGACUUUUCACUUGUGCCUCCUCAAAUGGAGAUAGCGUGUGGAUACGGCGACUGCACCAGCAUCGGCAAAGGCGGAUCUUGCGACGGCCAGAGUAAUAUAACGAAGAUCUCGCAUGCGUUUAAUAUGUUCUAUCAGAUUAAAAAUCAAGAAGAGGAUGCUUGUGAUUUCGAAGGAUUAGCUUUGGUGGUGAAGAAGAAUCCGAGCACCGGGACUUGUUUUUUCCCGAUUCAGAUCGAGAGCGGUGGUUUUAGGGUGGUUGUCGGGUCAUUUGCUACCAUUUUCGCCGGAGUUUUGCACGCUUUCUUAACAUUAUUCUGAUCACCAUUAUCACCCUUGAUAACAGAACUCGAAUAAGAUCACUCAAAGAUUUAAAAAAAAAAAAUUGAAAUAUUUAUUUUUUUAUCGAUUUUGUAAAUAAAAUAAUAUCCGAAUUAUCGAAAAUUGUAGUCUCUAGUGAUCUUGCUGUAA